CAUUGCUAAUGAAAGUGAGACUUGCCUCAAUAAAAUAAGAGGCAAGAAAGUUACACUUGUAAAUCGGUGAAUGGUAGUUCGGUUGUGAAGUGAUUGGGAUUUAAAAAAAUAGUGAAUUUAAAUAUUGGGCUAUUUAGAUUUUUGGAUAUUUUAAGAACAUGGAAAGUAAUAUCAAGUAAUUGGAUUUUGUGCACCUGUAAACUAGGCUACUUUUGGGGGGAAUUCAAGACGAGGCCUGGCAGGCCUGUAGACUGAUCACCCAACAUAGGCCUAGUUCUGUGACGAAGUUUACAUUCAUUUGGUGACUGACUAGGAACCAUUAAUAAUAACUACUGGAUUCUUUAACUGGGAAUUCGGUUAUAUGAAACGAAGCCCAUGAAAUCUAACUUAAGCUAAUUUAGGAGAGUGCCAAGGGAGACAGGAAGGAAGCCAACAUAGUAGUACUACCUAGGUCAGGGAGGAAGUCUUUGGUGAAAAUCAGUAACGAACUGGACACUAAUAAUAAAAAAAAUUACGAGAAUUUCCAAAGGAAAUGUCAUGGGAAACCUAACCUAUCUUCGCAAUUUCUUGUGGUGUUAAUAGCUUUGAGGCGUUUUUUUUUUUUUGGUGAGUUGUCGCCGCCAAUUUUAGCAUACCUAGCCUAUACUAGGCCUGGGCACAUCAUUCAGAAACUUUCAAGGUGCAUUUUAAAAGACAUGCGCAGUAUCAAGGAGACUAGGCCUAGUAACCUGCUUGAACUAUAGUUCAACUUAGGCUGUAUGUUACAGCUGUUUAUAGCAAAAGCUAGUGGAGCCUUUUUUGACUAAGGUAGUAUGAACCUGAGGAACCGUGUCGUCAAUUACUCGAGAGAAUACCCCCAGUAAAACUAGUGAUUAGCUAACUGACUGAUUACGUAUUGUUCUUAGUUGAUGUAUGGCUGAAUUGGAAGUUCUAUCAUUAAUCAAGAUAAUGUGAGCCAUGAACCAACGUUUUUCAAUAGAUUUUGGAGUCUACCCUAGCCUGUCCUAGGCCUCUAAGAAUAUUCAUCGAGAUAGCUGGUAGCUAGAUGCAGGCUGAUAGAGUACACUACUAAUAUUGGUGCAUUUAUCCAUUAUAGGCAGUCAUAAAUGUAACAUCCUCAUUCAAAGGUUUCCUGUAUAAAAAGAUGAGAUGAUAUGACACAGUCUGUUUCGCACGAGUACCAUCAAGAAGUAUGUGACCUUCUUUUGAACAAACAUGAAGGCAGUGGUGCAGUGGUAGAAUCUGUGAUGAUAGGGCUGGACCCCGAAACGUCGCUUAAGAAAUUUUUGGUAAAUUACCAGAAGACACCUCCUUGCUUCCUUAUGAAUAUAGGUGUGAGCUGACCUCAGAGUUCGACUCGGUGAUGGAAAUAAGAAAUUCCACAGCUUUUCCUGUAGUCAAGUUUUAUGGUGGGGAUAAUGUUGAAGAAAGUGAGUGUAUCACUUCAGAAAGUGAUGAUGGUGAAAGUGACCAUCUUUCAGAGAAUGAUGCCGUCUCAGUCAGUGACACCCACUAUGAAGAUGAAGAACAGUCGUCUUCCAGUCUAAAUUCCACAUCUAAAAUGAGAGGCGAUGCCACUUUUCAUGACUUUUCUCUUUAUGGAGAUGGCAAUCCUUCGCCUCAGAGGCCACCGUCUUCUCAUGGCGGAUUACAUCUGCUCCAGCGGCAUUGGUGUCAUUCAUCUGGCAACAAACUUCUUCCUCUACGGAGCGAUCUUAAGAGUCUAUGACUGGUUGUAUCAGUUCCGAUUCACGGAACUCCCCGGUGACAGUGUCUAUACCUGGAUUGCAUCUUUACUACUUGUGGACUUCGCAUUCUACUGGACUCACAGAGCCCAUCACGAGUUAAACGUCCUGUGGAUGUUUCACCAAGUGCACCACUCUGCCGAGGAUUACAAUUUUGCCGUGCCUCUUCGGCUUCCGUUUAUGCUUAAAGUGACUUACUUCUUUCUGUAUCUGCCUCUGGCCUUCCUGGGUAUUCCACUCUCCUCAACGGUGGUGCACAGCUCGCUAAACCUGCUGUUCGACUUUUGGCUUCAUACGAAACUUGUUCCAUACCUGGGACCCAUCGAGUGGAUCUUCAUGACUCCUUCCAGUCAUCGAGUUCAUCACGGUGCUAACGAAUGGUGUGUUGAUAAGAACUAUGGCAGCGUUUUCAUCAUUUGGGAUAGGAUGUUCGGCACAUAUGAACCAGAGCGCUCAGACGAGGAAAUUGUUUACGGCCUCACAACGCAAACAAGGUCUCAGAACGCCCUUUGGCAUCAGUUUUACUACUUUGGCGAACUCUUCAAGAAAGUAUGGGCAAUGAAUACUUGGGGGGAUCGCCUCAAAGCUGUCUUUUACGGACCUGGAUGGACACCUGGUUCCCCUAGACUCGGUGAUCCAGCCAACAUGGCACCAGUCCCUGUUCCUAGAGAGCCCUACAACCCCAUUCUGCCACGAUGGCAGAUGUACUACAUCAUUACCCAUCUUUUCAUCGGAAUGAUCGCCUCACAAAUGUCGGAUAAGGAGGUUGCGGUCGAGAGCUGGUGGUCUGUCGCUCGUUUCCUGUUCUUCAUCCUCACUUCCAUGGGAAUAGUGACCUCAAUGUAUGAUUCUUGGCGCUGGGCUCCCAUUGCAGAGGCAUUGCGAUGCGCUUUAUUCACAGUAUAUGCUCAGUACUGGCCAAUAACUGGUAUUAUGAUAUUUGACACUUCGAUCGUCGUCUUUUACACUGCAUGUUCGCUGCUGUGGAUUUUCCAGAGUGUUAGUGCCCUAAGAGACUACAAGAAGAUCAAAUCAAAUUAAGAAUUGGUUGGAAAAUCGGAAGUGGCUUUAUGUCACUGACAUUCCAUUUGCAUGUGCAUUUUGAUUAUCCCGCGUGAAAAAGACAGCCAAUGAAUUCACUUACAGAGCAAAGAGUUAGGCAACAUCACAUAACAGAUCAGUCAUCUUUGGCCUCGAAUUAGUUAAGUACAAACGCCCAAAAUAAGUUAUAUGUUGCUUACUCGUUUAGAGUUAACUGCAUUUCCAAAAAUAGGAUUAAGAAUAGAUAUAAUGAUUCAA